AUGUCCACGCUCAAAUACCGCCACCUGGGCCGCGACUCGGCGCACCGACGGGCGCUGCUGCGCAACCUGGUGACGUCGCUGAUCGCCAACGAAUCCAUCUCGACGAGCUGGCACAAGGCCAAAGAGGCGCAGCGGCUGGCGGAGAAGCUCAUCACGCUGGGGAAAAAGAACACGGGUGCGGCGCGGGAGCGGGCCAAGACCAUCUUCUUCGAGCCCGAGCGCGAGGGCCACAUGGACAAGCUGUUCGGCGAACUGCGCGAGCGCUACGCCGGCCGGCCGGGGGGCUACACGCGCGUGCUGAGGCAGGAGCCCAUCCGCGAGGACCAGGCGGCGUCGGCGAUCCUGUCCCUCGUCGACGGGCCGCGCGACAUGCGCUUCAGCAUGACGGCCAAGGCGCUCGUGCGGCAGCGCAGGGAGAACCUCGACAUGUCGGAGAUGAUGGCCGCGAAUAUCCGCAAGGUGACCCGGUUUCGCAUCGACGGGGAGAAGGCCCUCGAGGAAGAAGUCGACCGUCUCGAGAAGGACCAGGAGGAGCAGCGGCAAAAGGAGCAGAAGGAAUUCGAGGAGGACGGCACCGUGUACGAGUGGGCCAGGGGCGAGAAGGACCGCCCCAGCGAGAUCAAGAGCAAGGAGAAGAAAGGUCCCGGACGGUUGAGGAGGCAGAGGGUAGGCGAAGACAAGGCCGUUCCUUCAUAG